AUGCUUAUCAUUAUCAUAACAAGAAUUGAUCAUCAUCUGCAGAAACCCAUGUAUUUCUUUAUUAGCAAUCUUUCAUGUGUUGAUAUUUUAUUCGGAAUAAUAAUUUUACCUAAUGUCAUGAUACUAAUUCUUUCUCAUAAGAAUACUAUUUCCUUCUACGGUUGUAUAACCCAAAUGUAUUUUUUCCUUUGCAUUGGAGUUACUGAGUCUAUUCUUCUUGCGGUUAUGUCUUAUGAUCGCUAUGUUGCUAUAUGCAAUCCUUUAAAAUACACUGUUAUAAUGACAAGAGAUGUAUGUUUUUAUCUGGCCUUCAGCUGCUGGAUAGGUGGUUUCCUCAUUGUUUUUCUUCCAGUUUUUGUGAUUUCUCAAUUGAAAUAUUGCUCUAAUAUCAUCAAUCAUUUUUUCUGUGAAAUGUUCCCAGUGAUACAGCUAUCCUGUUCAGACAUUUACUGGCUUCAAGUCUCUUUCACCAUCUUAGCCUCUGUUGUCAUCUUUGGUACAUUCCCCAUCAUUGGAAUGUCCUAUUUAAACAUUUUAUGGAAUAUCUUAAGUCUUCAAUCACUAAACAGCAAAAAGAAAACUUUUUCGACUUGCGCUACCCACUUAAUUGUUGUAUUUAUGUACUAUUCCACAAUCACAUUUAUGUACAUUCGGCCAAAAUCUGAAAGCAACUUGGAGCUAGAUAAGAUAAUUUCAGUCUUCUAUUCCGUGCUUAAUCCAAUAUUGAAUCCAUUAAUUUACAGCCUUAGGAACAAUGAAAUUAAAAAAGCAUUAAGGAAAUGUAUGCAUCUAAAAAUAUAA